UUCUGAAUUUUACACAGAUGUUCGUAUUUUUUGCAGAGAAUCAUAUUGCAGACGUAUCGAUCUCUUAACGCAAACUCACAAGUCCCAGCGUGCAGUUAACAGUUGUGAUUUUCUCGUCAUUAGCCACAUCUUGCAAAAAGGAUGGAUAAAGUUCUUACUGGUUAGGAUACCAGUAGAACCUAAACUUCAUUUCGACAAAAAUACCUCACAAAUGGCGUGAUAAAUACGUAACUGCAAGCGGCUCUGUGCGGGAGUGAUCGGUCCAAGACAUAUUCCCAGCGCUGAUCAUUUUUAUUCGCAAAAGAAGCGAAACAAAUUCAGACUACAAUGGCUACCAGAGCUGCAACUUUCAAUACCAAGAUAAAAAAUCUGCGGGACAUUCAUUUGCGGAUCAACGCCGGAAGUGGUGCGCAGCCAUCGGGCAUCGAUGUUGCCACCACGCUCAAAUACUUCUCACACACCCUGAAUUCGAUGACAAGAGAACUAUCGAGCGAAGUUCUGGAUCAGCUUUUGUCGCCUGCCCCGCAAAACGAAAAACUUAGGCAAACGAUAUUUCCGGAUUUGGACUAUAACGGGCUGUAUCAUGCACUCCAGAGUUUGGCCGACGAUAUUCAGUUAAUCAAUACCGGCGCCAUUGAUUUUGCCGAAGCUGUUCUGAGCACGAUCUCCGCGAUCUUGAUAUUUCUGGAUCCUGAGAAAAUUGAAGAUUUGCCUUUUUUAUGUAUUUCAUGUAUUGCCGCAUUCCCAUCGCAAAUGCAUCGCCGGCUCAUCGUAGCAGUUUGUGAUUGCUUUAUACCUUUCGUCACCGGGUAUUAUGCCAUUCUUAACGCUUCAGAAACACAAAGAGAACCUUUAUACGCAGCGUCUAUGAUGAGCACGGUAUUCGAACACAUCAAUGAUCAAGAACUGCAUUUGCUGAUGGUGGAAACGCUUAUGAAAGCUAAGCCGAAUCUGUCGGAAGACUUGCUAAUGUUAAUUGCUUAUGGAUCGGUUCGAUCAAAAGUUUAUUCCGUUCGGAUAUUGUUUUAUCUGUUCCCGCAUUUAGUGCCUGCGGGAGAAGAGACCUACGCACCAGCACAAAAUGACUUUAGUACCAGCAGUGCCGGAGCAACGAUCAUCGAUGUUGCGGAAGAAGAGGGAUUUGUUGGUGUAGUCGGCACAAGUGAAGAUGACGGUGUCAUCGGUGCGGAAUUCCAGAAGCGGCGGCAAAAAAUACCGGCGCUCAGGUGUUUCAAUCUUGGGCGCUUGAAACGUCCCUCGGUCAGAUGCGAAAAUCAGCGCUGUGGAUCCAACAGAAAGACAGUCUACACUAUUUGUUGUUCAUGGGAAUGUGGAAAGUUAAACUCAUUUAAGCCCUUCCGAUUGUGCCGAGAAUGUUCCAAUCUUCUGCAUCAAAACGAUACCGGAAAACUGCAUAACCGCCAAUGUUUCGUACCUAUGAAGGAUGAGCGACUGUUAUACAGUCAGUACCUCAUUGACGCAAUUAUUAAGUUAAUGAAAAACUGCGGAACUGAAAAAGAGAAACGCCCCACCACCGGCACAACAUACCAGUUACCGGCUAGUGUCAUUGAGGAGGAUAACUCGUGGACCUUAGAUUUUCCCUUGGAGGAUCUAAAAGCUUACACAAUUUAUGGAGUGUGGUUGCUUCGAGAAGUGCUGGCAUCGCAAACCCCGAUACCGGAAAAUUUUCUGCGCUUCCUUGUGGAUGCAUGCCUGAAAUGGCUGCACUCGACGUCCGCAAUUCGGGAUGACCAUCUUAGUCGACGAUUAGAACAUUUGAAACAACGCUAUAUAUGUCCCUGGAUUAAAAAAUUGUCUGCGGAAAAUCCACAAGUUGUGGUGGUUUGUUUGGCAGAUCAAGCCGGCAUCAAGGACGCUGCACUGUUACCAUACCAAGUCCAGGAUGUGUACGAAAGUCUGCAGAUACUACUAUGUUUGGCAUCGUAUGACAUUGUGGACAUUCGCGUUUGGGUGGAGGUGAUGCCGGUCUGGUUAAGAAAUCUGAAAAAUCAUGAAAACCCGAAAACCGAUGUCAAAGGGUAUUCAAAGCUCCUACUAAAGCUGUUAGACACAGAAAUGUCACUGAUGCCAUUCAAUCUGGAAGAAACCUACAGCUUCAUAUUUAACCGACUACGGAGCGGCAGCAUCCCGCAGGCGUACAAAGCCUUAGUGUGGUUGCAAGUACUGUGCAAUUAUAAGAUCGUUGUCCCCAUAAGACUGCUCCUGGAGCAUUUCCAGCACGCAACUGAUGCAUUAAUCUUGGAAAAUACUUUGCGACCCAAGCGGAAAGCGGGAGACGCGGCUCUGUCAAGGGCACCCUCCGCGGUCGGUGACACACCAGAACCCGAUUCACCAGAAGCUGAUAGCACCCUACCGUGUUUUGUUGUUAUGCUAGACGUGCUCUGUCAUCAGCUUGAAGCUGCACAAAACUUUCAAGAAGUUGGCUGGGAAUAUCUGCGAGUGCGAACAAUGUUGCUGUUAACGCGAAUGAUUGCAUCCCCUUGGCACGGAAAGGUCAACGAGCAACUGACUGAAGACCAAACAACCGCUCAGCACCGCAACGACAGCACGUACUACCCGGCAUUAUGGUUUAAACUGUCGCAUAAACUUCUGGAUAGGAUUUUUUCAUUGCGAAAUAUUCACGGAUCGGACUUCGACGCUGGUGCAUCGUCGUCUUCACAGAAAGAUACAGAUUUUAGUCCACCCGGAACCGUGCGCACCAGAUCGGAUGUUCACUCCGUGCGCAGUGAAUUAUCUUCGGUGUCUGAACUGAAGCCGCAGUCUAGCCGUGCAUCUGAUAUCACGCGAUUUUAUGACCCAAAUACUGGAUCGUUGAGAGAAUUGCAAAACACCCCCACUCUGUUCGCGCCCCAUAUGUUGCAUGCCAGAGAGGAACAGAUUUCCCUGAUGAACGAAGAAACGUCCAGUUUCGACUUGACACAAGCCGAAAAGAUUGCUCCCGUUAUCGUGCGGGCAGUCACGCUAACAGACGAAGACACCGGAAUGGCGGCGUGCACAGCAGCGGAACCGAAAUCCAUCGACGAAGUGACCGGUCGCGGAACUUGGUUUUCUAGUGAUGAUUUUGGAUUCUGGCAUACCACACAAGGAAAAUUCAAAUUCUUGUUGUCGGAACUACCAUAUGAACUACAGCUUCUAUACGGAUUAUCAAAAUUGGUCACCGUAUAUUCGGAUCAGAGCCUACUGUGUGACAUUGUUCGAUCUAUUAAAAUCAUUUGUCUGGAAGGUCACGCUUUAUCCAGCGCGGUCAAAGAAGCACGAGGCUUUCUGAUCUGGGCACAGGAAAACAUUCUGAUACCGAUUUAUUGGAAGAUUAUCGGGCAUGAACGAGAUUAUCUGGCAUCGGAAGUGCUGCCGCUGAUAGCUCACUGCGCUUCUUUAGGAUCUGGCACGGAAGUAUUUUGGAACAUACUGGAUGAUCAUUUCCUGAAUGAUGCUUGGACUAUAAGGUUUUCUGCCGUGGUUAAGACAUGCAUCCUGUUCCGGUUUGUGGAUAGUGCCAACGAAUUACUGAACAAUCUCCAUAGCGUUUUGGCAAACGGGUUUUGUCAUCUAAUUGCCAGUAUGUUUGAUGAAGAAGCGGUGGUGGCGGAAGCAGCUGGUUUGUGGAUAAAGUGCUUAAAGCGGUCGUCGGUGGAGUUUUUGAUGAAGUGCAUGCAGACGCAUUAUGCCCUUGUUAUCGAUGAUCGUCCAACUAUUCUGCAGCGGAUUCUCCAUUUAUCCAAUGCGCUUUCGGUUAACGAAACCUUUUCAUGGCAGUUUUUCCAUGACUGCUUUGAUACGCUCUGCUUGGAAGCCGAAAUGGAGCUACAUGAUCUGGGAUACACUUUGGACGACAUGAAAGGUCGUGCUACCAUGACACCGGAAGCGCGCCGAGAGAAGAUUGUUCAAGUGCGACGUGCCAUCCGGACAUCCAAGGAUAUGAAGGCCAUUGUUGUUCGCGGAAAACUGACCAAUCCGAAUCAUAGGGCGUUGUUGUCCAGCCCGGCCACCGGCGAACUCACUCCCAGAACUGAGUCGCAGUUUUUCCCGACACCGGACUUGUCCACACCAUUGGAACCAAUUUCUGUGCGCAAACCGCGAACUGGUGCUACGACAACUUUUCCAGCCGAUCACUGGAAAGAUUUUACAGAGGAAGAAACCAGUUAUCCGUCGAGAAUCUACAAGGCUGUCAAUGGAUUAGCCGGCUCGACACUGGAUCGGGCACCGCUUUACGCUUUGAUUAACACAUUUAUGAAGUAUCUGACCAGAACACCAGUUGCUACGACGGAAACUAUGGAAUCCAUGGAACUGGAAGUGCGCCGGCAGACGCUCCUAAAAUUUAAUUAUUUUUUGGGCUACCACAAUGAAGGCGGAAACUUCACAGUUUUAGUGAAAGACCUGAGAUUCUCAACCUCGUUUUUUGCUUUCCUGGCAUCGUUGCCGGAAGUUCUGGACAGCAACGUCCGAUGCGGCGGGGCCAUUUUAAACAUUGCCGUGGCUUUGCUGGGCUAUUGCACGACAUCACAAAACGAAGUGGCAUUUUCCAGCCGAAUAUCCAGCUUCGGAAGAAAUUUGUCCUAUUUACCGCCACACUGCCGGCUUUUCUGGAUGAAAAGCCUUUUUAUCUUAAUUUUUAAGUAUGGAAGUGAGGAUGUUUUAGAGCAGCAAAAUAUACAGCGUUUGAUUCUGCUGUGCAUCAACAGUGUCCGCUCGCUGGGUCAUAUUUGCAAUUACGAAUCAGCACAGUCACAGGGUCACUUGAGCAAAAAGAGUUCCUUCAUCUCCGAUAUCGAUGGACGGGAAUCGGGCUGGCGUGCAACACAGGAUGACAAAUCGGAAGAUUUGCUCAAGGACGGUCGCUCGAAAGACCGCAGUCAGUUUAGUGAAUCAGCCGUGCCGCUGAUAUCCGAACCGAGUGCGGAUUCAGGAGGGAGAAGUGAAGGCGAUUCCCGGCGCCACCCGCUCAGUUUCGACAGCAGUCAGGAUUCUGCGGACGAUAGCGCAUCACGAGGCGCUUCCGAUUCGAAAACACCUUUCAGUCCAUCCAGUUCGAAGGACGUGCCGGAUAUGUCCGCAGCGACGGAGUUGAUCGGCAAGUUAACCGAAGCAAUCAAGAACGCCCCGCCACCGGAUCUGAUUUACAGAGAAAUAACUCUGCAUGGCACACAAAAAGCCACGGGAACGGAUGAGACGCCGCGGGAUCCAAAUGAGCCGUACUCGAAAAUUUUGUCGGAUUGUAUUGAACAAACUUCACAAUCCCGGUCUGCAUUUAAGGACACACAAAAGUUAGUUGCCCAGACGCAAGAAUUCGAUCCGGAUGGUAACUCCAUGGAAGCGUCCACAAAGGUCACCAUUUUAGAGAACGACGUGGUGCAAAUUCAGAAACUUAAAAAAUGGACGAAAACCACAACAGCGACGUAUGUUGUCAAACGAAUCGGACCCAUGUACGAGUCUCCACUCGGUGCCACUUACUCUGGCGCCCCAAUGCCGGAUGUCGUGAUUCGAUCCAGCACGACCACUACAACACCCACUACCGGGCUCCAAAAAGAGAACAUUGCCCACAGCCAACCUUUACCGCCUGGCGCUGACCAAGACGGGGCCAUCGAAGUCGGGGAAGCGCGGGUGGUGAAGACGAAAGAGCCCCUCCCGGAUUUGGCCCGGCAAAUCACCCGGACGUAUCAGAGCCGCUCGUACCCCGUCACCCGCCCCCGAAAACUGGUGUGUACACCGCUAACUAAGGAGGAUCGCUUUAAGUUUCGUCGGCCACUGUCGGCCAUCCUGAGCGAAGAAGGCGAUGAGAAUGAAGGCUCACAACCGCCACCGGAAGCCCAGACACCGCGUAGAAGGGAUGCUAUGAGUCAUAUUUUCGCGGUGGCAUUAAAGCAGACGCCGUUAACCACCGAAAGUGGGGAAACGGAAAAGAUCGUGUCGCUGCCUCCGCUACCGUCCCAUAAUACGUUGUUUAACAGGAAAUGUCCGAACUGUGGGGAGACGGUGCACAGUUUAAGGGAAGACGAUAUCAGUUGGAGCAUUUUGUGCCUAGAGGCGCUGAUCCGAAGGCAUCCGGCGCUGGCCACUCCUUUGUUACUGGAUAUUCUUGAAGCCUUGGUUUGUGCGGCGACGCAUUUGCGAUAUUCGUGGCAAAAUUUCGGGCAGAGUGUAUUUACUCCGGGAAAUUUGUUGACUACGAUCCGGCAAUUUGUGCGUGUAAUGGCAAUUCAGCUGGGACCCAGUCGCCUGUUCCCGGUGUUGUUCCUGUCUCGACUCCCGGGUUCCAUGCUAUUGGAGAUUGUCGCGUCGUCCUUAUCGGAUUGCGAAGAGUUCAAUGCGCUAGUUCCGCUACAACAUUGCCUUGAAACAUGUUAUUCCGCAAAAGAUUUUCCCAGUUCCCAUGAUAUCCAAAUUAUCAUUGCCAACAUCUGUGUGUACAUGGAGUUUCUACCAUUGGAAGUCCCGUUGUCCAGUUGGGGUUCUGUGAUUGAUCAUUUCGACAAAUUUCUUCGCCGGAUUCCAGAUGGAUAUGUCGGUAAUGCGCGGGUGCUAGCAAAACUGCUGCAGUAUGUCCUGCGAAUUCCCGGCAUGCACGCCAACAAGAACAUUAUGGAGCCAGUUAGCCGUCUUUUCCGACAAAUUUUGCGCUCGAAUCAAGUGCCAUCUUUGAUCGACAUUAAAGACAUCUGCGGACUAUGUUUCAGGGCGCAUUUCCGAGAGCGAGAGAAAAUCCAACUAGCCCGAGUCGUGGCGGAGACGUUACUGGAUGCAAUCAAGUUUCGAAAACCAAUGCCGGAAAACAACUUGGUUAUAUUAGUUUCGUCUGCGGUUCAGGAUCUGAGUGAAGGGGAGUUUCAUUUUUCCACGCACGAGUUUGACAGCGUCUUCCAUAAUGGCAAAAAGCCGGAGCUACAAAUUAGCCAAUGCCUGCGAGAAAACUUGAUGGAAGUGAUUGAGUUCUUAUCGGACCUUCAUGCAAUUAAUAACCUGCGACAACAUGACGGUGGAGCUCCAGGUUUUAUGUUCAAUGAUGACACUUCCGGUGGCAGUAUUAAAGCCGGUUUAGCCCAAGUUGCUGCCUUUGAAAUUAUCAGGGAAAGUGCGCGCGAUACUAAAGUGUUGCAGAAAUUUUUUCCUUGGUUGUUGAAUCCAUCAACCGGAGUACAACAAGGAAACAAAGAUUUCGAAGAUUGUGUUAUUCAUAUUCGGCUUCUGUCAUGGCUGUUAUUGGGAGCUUUGGAAACAAUGAUCACCAUUCCGCCGCCGGCGCCACAUGACGAAGAAGUUGUGCCGUUCCAGUUGUUCCCGUUCACGCUGUAUUCCUGCUUUGCCGACAGAGUCCUGCUGAUUUUAUCUUGUUUCGCUGAGCAGUCACAAUCCUCUCAAAACUCGCUAGAACGAAUGGGAUCCCUAUCCCAUGCAUUCACAUUGUGCGAAUUGUGGACUGUAUACUGCGAGCUGUCAGCAUCGAUAUUUCCAACGGAAAGUGAUGAUACAGCCGAAGAUGCAACCACCGCUACGAGCUCGUUGUUCAGCUUUUGGACAAAGGUCACACCGGCCGUGUUACAACUCGUUUCGCAUUCUAAAAAUUUAGCAGAAAUCGUUGGUAUAAAUUUUCUGGCUAUGAUGGAACAUCUGAAAGAGUGUAAUUCCGUUCUGCUAAAUAAGUUGUUGCCGAUGUGGGUUGGUGUCCUUCUGCCACCAGAAUCCCAGCUCCCUUUGGCCGUGCGAAUGCGUUUUCGUACCCUGGAAACUGUCCAAACAACUGCGAGUGUGCCAAUGUCACCCAGUACUUCUGCUAGUCAGGAUUACAAAAGAUCUCGUGAACCGCUGCAAAAAUGGCUGUUGCGUGUUCAGUUUAAAAUCUCGCAGAUUGAAAAACAGUAUGCUCAUGCUUUGCGCUUUAUUCCACUGUAAGAAUCGCUGUGUUGUUAUGUGCGUGCUUGUGUAUCAGUCACUGUCAGUCUGUGAUAUUAUUGUGGAUUUUACCGGUAAAGCUCGAUUUUUAUUACGCUCUUCCAGAUGCUUUUCCAAAUUAAGUGUUUCGAUGCUUUUCCCAUGCUAAGAAUUUUUUUGGAACUAACCAAGUUCGUUCGAAUAAGCUAGCUGCGCUUGUGUAGAAGACUUGAGACAGUACAACUGACAAAAAAUA